AUGAAAUUGGACAAGCAGCCCAACAAACCGCUGUGCAUCAUCAUGAACUGGAUGCUAGCGCGGCCGCAGCACGUCCAGAAGUAUGCCUCGUUAUACCUGGAGCAGGGCUUCGACGUGGUCUCCGUGUCCUGCUCGCCGUGGCAGCUCAUGUGGCCGCAGAAGGGAUCACAGCUGGUCGGAGCAAGCCUCAUGAAGUUCAUGGCCGCGAACGGGCACAAGCCGCUGGUGCUGCACGGCUUCUCGGUCGGCGCCUACGUCUGGGCCGAGGCUCUCGUCUACGCGAUGAAGGAUAAGGAGAAAUAUCAACCAGUCCUGGACCGAGUGCGCGCUCAAGUGUGGGACUCGGCGGCCGACAUCACCGAGAUUCCCGUCGGCUUCCCCUCCGCUGUGUUCCCGAAAAAUAUGUUCCUACAGAACGCUCUAAGGACCUAUACCAAAUACCACUUGAAGAAGUUCCACGACGCUGCGACGUCGCAUUACCUGCGUGCUUCGGAUCUCUUCCACAAGACCCCGUGUCGUGCGCCCGCGCUGUUCCUACUGUCCCGUAGCGACCCCGUAGGCGCCGAGCGGAGUAACCGCAGCGUGCAUGAUAGCUGGGUCAACCUGGGCGUCAAGUGCACGUGGCACUGCUGGGAGCGCUCGCCGCACGUGCUGCACUACAACAAACACCAGCAAGAGUACCUCCAACUUCUGCACGACCAUCUGACUGCGCGGGAGUUGCUCGCGAACCCGGAUAAGAUGCGUGCGCGUGCCCCGGUCAUGACGUCAUGACCGGGCCUCGGGAGCAGUGGCAGUCACCAAUAGGAUUGCGUCUAGGAGGUCAAUUGGCUUAAUUUUGCCCUAUAGAAAUUUAAAAUUAUUUAUAAAAUGCUGCGAC